AUGGAGAAUAAUCCGAGCUCAUCAAAUAUCGAAAAACUUCAAAGAGAUUGUUAUAACGAGUGGAUGAGGUUACAAUCCAAAGGCAUGACGGAGCUGAAACAAGCGUUAUCAAACGGCGAAAAAGACGAAGAAGAGAUUCGAGAAAUGAUACGAACGGUAAUCGGAGAGUUUAAAGAUUACGCCGUUAAACGGUCGGAACACUGCCGGAGAUAUAGCUCAAACUCUUUCGCGCCGAAAUGGAACACGUGUCUUGAAAACGCACUUCUUUGGAUGGGAGGUUGUCGUCCUUCUUCGUUUAUACGACUCGUUUACGCUUUGUGUGGUUCUCAAACCGAGCUCCGUUAUGCUAACUUCCUCAACGGCAACACGGACGAUUUAAGCAUGGCUCAAGGUGAGACACGUGGCGGAAUAGACGGACGAGGAGGAGGAGAGCCGAUGAGUGAACUAACGGCUGAGCAAUUAUUCAAGAUCAACGAGCUACAUCUGAAAACGGUGGACCAAGAGAAUAAGCUGACUAAGCAAUCGGCGAGUUUACAAGAGGACACGGCGGAUGUGCCUCUUGCCGUCACGGCGUUUUACAAAGAGGUGAUCGGAGAAUGUGACGUUGACGUGGAGCGUGCGCUUGAUAAGCACGAGGAGGUUAUGGGUGGUUUGCUUGCUGAAGCCGAUAAGCUUAGGUUGUCCACGUUGACUAAAAUCGUUGACAUUUUGACGCCGGUUCAAGCGGCGGAUUUUCUUCUCGCCGGGAAGAAACUUCAUUUGUCGAUGCAUGAGUGGGGAAGAUUGAGAGAACGUCGCCGGCUUGAGGCAUGUGGUGGUGGUUCCAGUGGUGGAGAAGCUGCCGGAGAGUAAUCGCCGCCGACGAUCGGACAUUAUCAGUUUACGAUGGAGGAUAUAUUAAAUAACAAGAUUAAUAAGACUAAUCUUGGCAUUAUAUAAUAUCUAAAGAUUCGUUUUGAGAAUUAUUAUUUUCUGUUUCGUAGUUACUAGAAUGCUUUAAUUCGUA